CAUUAUCACGCAGGCCGUAGCGGUCGGGCCCAACCGGUACCGACCAGAACCCAAAUGUUGUAAAUCCUUCGCCGGACGGCUUCCAACUCGCAUAAACAUAUAGAAACACAUUGGAACAAGCAGUUUCAACAAGCAGAUGAACAGGAGCACUACAUUUCGCGAAGUCUCAUAUUCGGAGGAAGUAGAAUUUCUGAAACCCCUCCGGCUCGCCGAUUGCUGCCGCGGAGUCCAUCAUUAGCUUGCCUGGUUGCGGCUGCAUUCUUAAACUCGUUAAGCGAUUGCUACGUCGCGAUUGUUUUCUGUGUCUUAGUACCAGCUUUUAGUGCGUCGGUCGCGUCCGAACACACGACUUGUUAGCGACAGCAACCCAGUUGCUGCAUUUGAGACGAAUCUUGUAACUGCGCGACGCCAGACUAUGCCGAGCGCUGAUAUGCUGGCUGCUCACACCCAGGCGAUGGGCGCCAGGGUGGAGUCCAUUGCUGCGGACUCUGUCUGCGCGCCAGUGGCGUUCUCACUGAGCGGCCGCGCGUCGAGCGAUGCAUCGGCCACUUCAAGCCUAGGAGUGGAGCUCGGGCUUCCAGCAGUGACUGUGCCUGGCAAGCAGCUCGAGCGCCAGGUGUACUUUAACAUCCUGGUCGCGGGCCAGAGCAACCUGGGCAAGUCCCGCUUCAUCGCCAGCCUGGCUGACACGUUCGGCACGGAUGGGGCCAACAAGCGCCCGGCCCGCAGCUCCUCGUCGGGCCUUGGCGCGACAGGCCGGUCCGCCAGUGCCACACUGGACCGCCACGCUCGCGAGCUGCAGACGCACCUGACGCCGCUGGCGCUGCCGGGGCGGCCGGGCCGGCAACUGCACACCAUGCUGCAAGACACGCAGGGGCACGGCAGCGAGAACAACAAGACCGUGCACCUGUCCAAGCUGCUGGAGCACCUGCUGCGGCAGCGUGAGGCAGACUACCGCGCCGCCCGCAGUGGUGGCUGCUGCGGCGGGGCCGGGGAGCCGCCGGCGCUGCCGCACUCGCUGUCGCUGUGCCUGUACUUCCUGCCGCCCACCGAGGUGUCGGCUCUGGACCUGGCCUACAUGUCGGCGCUGAGUCAGGAGGUGCCGCUGCUGCCGGUGCUGGUGCCGCAGCCCGACGCACCGGAGCAGGCGGGCGGCGGGCCGGUGUCGGCGGAGCGGCUGGCAGCGCUGCGGCGCAGCCUGGUGGCAGCCAUGGCGGCGUACACACGCGAUGGCAAGGCGGCGCCUAUCGUGCCCCUGGCGCUGGACCCCGAGGCCGUGGACGCCCUGCUGCAGCAGCAGCCCGAGGAGGAGGGGGAGGAGGUGGAGGUGGAGGCGCUGGAGCAGGCGCGGCAGGCAGCAGCCGGCAGCGGCGGCGACAACGGCGCGCGCAGGCGCCGCCGCGGCAGCGCCAGUUCCCUGAGCGUGCUGGUGCUGGGCGACGGCGCGGCCGGCGGCGCCGCCGCCGCGGGUUCGCUGCAGCGGCCUGACGCGGCGCUGCUGCGGCGGCUGCUGGACUGCUCAGUGGAGCCUGUGAUGCGCAGUGCGGCGGAGAGGUUCACGGAGUUCUGCGAGCGCUACGAGAUGUACGGCAAUGACCUGAUGUUCAUGCUGUCGGAGCGCAUGGAGCCGUACGGCAAGGUCAUCCGUGCAGCGGAGGCGGCGGACGCCGAGGUGGCGGCGCGCCGCCAACAGGCGGCGGCGGCGGCGGCGGCGGCGGCCAAGGGCGCCGGGCUGCUGGAGGCCAAGGCCGCCGCGCACGGCGUGGCGGAGUCGGGCGUCAUCCACGUGAUUGUGCGCGACGCCUCACUCACCAUCACGGAGCACGCCGACGCCGGCGUCAUUGCCCACGACGCCGCCCACACCGCGGCGGAGCACGCGGUCACCCAGUCCGCGAUGGCUGCGGCACCAUCUAGCCACGCCACCAAGCGCGGCCACGACAGCCUGCAGGGCUCCGCAGCAGAUGCGGACACUGAGGACGCCUACCGCCACGCCGCCCGGCCCCGCGCCGUGACGCCUGCGCUCGCGGCGGCCAGCCCCUUCUCCGUCUUCGCUACGGAUGCGGCGUCUGCGGCCGCUGCUGCCUCCGACAGCUGCGGCGCCGUCGCGCGCAGCUCCACGCCACAGUUCGCGGCGCCGCCGGCCACGGCGGACGCCUUCGCGACGCCGCUGCCGCCGCGCCCGCCCAGCCCUGAGCCCGAGCACUGCGGCGAGGGCCAGGGCGACGUGGAGCGGGUGGUCAGUGCGAUUGAGGAGAUUGUCACGCAGCUGUCUCGCAGCCUGGAGGGCAGCGGCAGCGACGGCGAGCACGGCAGCGCCGGAGUGUUGCCGCGUGGCGCCUCCACCACCGCUCUGGGCGCCCGGUUCGGCACUCUGGCGGAGGAUGGCGAGGAGGAGGCCGGCGAUGUGGGGAUGGCGGAGGCGGAGGAGGAGGUGGCCGGCGGCGCGGAGUGGGAGGACGGCGCUGUGGUCGGCGAGGCGGCGGUGGUCGGCGUUGACCAGGUUGAGAUGCAUGCCGCGGUGGAGGAGGAGGAGGGCGCGGCCGCGCCGGCGCCUGCCACUGCUGCUGGUGUCUUUGCCAAGCUGGCCUCCACUGGUAGCGGCAAGCUGUUGGCCUCCAUGGCCUCCGCUGGUAGCGGCAAACUGCUGGCCUCCGUAGCCUCCGUGCGCCGCUACUGGUCCCGCAGCCUGGACGGCUCGGCGCCUGAGGCACGCAGCGACAGCGACGUUGCCGCCACCGCUUCUGCCGACGCUCCCGCGGCUGCCGGCACCUCUGGCGCCUGGCCUGCGGCCGUGGCGCGCUACGUGCCGGCCACUGCCACCUCGGCGGCGGUGGGUGUGGGGCUGAUGGGGCUGGCGGCGGGCACGGCCGCGGUGGUGCUGCUGCAGCGCAGCCGCAGCGCAGCCAUCACCGCGUAAGGCUGAUGGCGGGUGUGGUGCAGUGUACAGCUAGCGGCGACUGGUGGGCGCUAAGUGCGGCGGUGUGAGGGCGGCUGCCUGCAUCGGCUGAUCGGAGCUACGGGUAGCGGUUAACAGGGGUCAGGAGAGGGAGAGACGGGAGCUAUGAUGCCGGAUGCAUAGGCCACUGCCCAGGCGAUCCCCGGCAUGGGAUGCUUCGUUUAUUUGUGAGCUGAGUGGCAUUUGCGAGCAUGCACACAAGCAGGCAGCCAGGCGUGCAAACGGGAAGGCGCAGUAAGCGGGUAGCUAGGCAGGUGCCCCUGCUGUCCGGGUACGGCACCUGGCCUAUGCGCCGGACUGCCGGCCCAACACGUUUGUUGUGUGGAGACGGGAUUCAGUGGUCCCUGCGGCUCAAGAAAUUUUUGAGGGAGCGAGAGCGCAUUUGGUUAUAGCGGCAUGGCGCAUUUUUUGUGUGGGCAUUUUUUUUGGAGCCCUUUUACCUGCCAUAAGGCAGCCACCUCCUUGUUUGUGUGGGCCCAGCGGCAAGAAUGCCAGCAGGUUGGCGGGCUGGCAACAUGCAGACGCGUUCAAUUUCUGUGGACGUACGGUACAUACGUUUGGCAGGUUUCAGGUUGUUGCAGUUGAGAGAGUAGUCGGUAGGUGUUGAGGAGCAAAAGGCAACGGUGGCGGUGUGUGGGUGCCGCGCCACAUGGCGACACACGUGUUGGUUGGGAUUGUUGUUGUCGUGGCAAGCUGCCGGGUGCCGUGGGUGGUGGCGCUCCCAGUACUCCAAUCGCAUGCUCACAUGCUGGAUGGUGUGUGUCAUACUGGCGGCGGCGCGUAGUAUGGACAUGCGGAUGCGCUUUGUCGGCAUCUGCAUGCGGUGUUGAUCGUUGCCUAGUUUUGACUCUGUACUAAAAGAAACCCGGUGUGAUGCAUUAAUGGCAUGGCAAACAUGUGGUGACAUACGUGCGGUGCAUACCAUGACAAGGGUAAGCACAAAUUGAGGCGAGGCGAGACGUACAAGGUGCACGCUCAGCCCGCGGAGGGAAAGCACUUCUGUAACAAAAGCUUAUU